AAGAUGAGGACCCUUAUAACAAUAUUUUCAAAAUUAAAAUUGACAAGACCAAAAAAGUUAGUGAACUUAAGGAAGUCAUCAAGAAUAGCCAAGAGCCCUUUUUCAACAAUGUUGCAGUCAAAGACCUUAACUUGUGGAAAGUUGACAUUUCUUUAGACGAACCAAAUGAGAAGCUGAGUGUACUUAGAGACAAGACAUGUGAUGUGAUCAAAGAACAACUAGGAGGCAUGGAGAUGCGCCCGGAUUUGGAAAUUGACGAGUACUUUUCUGACAUACCAGAAAAAAAGCAUAUCCACAUAAUUGUUGAACACCCACCUGUUAUUAAGAAAAAAACCAAAGACGAAAAGAUUGAUGAGAUUCUACAUUUAGUCAAACAGCAACAUAAAUCUGAAGUAGCAAUAUCAAGUGUUAACCGUAGUGAUUGGCAAAGGAUUCAAGAAUCUACUGGUCUUGAUAUCGAAACAGCAAAUCUUGAUGUAGAGUAUGACACAGAGAAUAUUGUUGCUUACCAAUGGAAUGGUAGACAAGAAAGGGAACAAAAAGAUAGAUAUUUAUCUCAUCUCAGGAAUAUACUCAAAAUUUCCAGUUAUCGCUCACUUGAACUUUAUGAUACAACUGAUGAUAAAAAUUUUCUUGGCCUAGUUGGUGGUAUCUUGCCAAUAAGACUCUUUGGUACAACAGAUGCCGUUAUAAUAGACAGGCGUUCUAUUUCUACCAGACUCCAAGAACAUCAUAUCCGAAUUGUUUUUGACUUAAAGAAGAACAUUAUUAAGGGACAUGUAUAUCAAGCUAUGGCAAAAUUAACUACGGCAGAUUUAAAAUCUAAAUAUGCCGUGUUAGCAGUAUUAACUGACUUGAUAGAUGAUUGGCAGUUUUUUUGGUUUGAAGGAAGCAAGAUUAUGACAUUCACCCUUCCUAGAGGUAAGGCUGUGGCGCUUAUACAAAAAAAUAUGGAAUUUGCGGAUCAAGGAGCAAAUGCAGAAGUAGAAGAACCGUUGCCAAAAAGACAAAAAUUUAAGCAUACGACUUCCGACAUAAGUUCUGAUAUAGCUCCUAUGGAAGAUUUUUUUGAUACUAUGACUGAAGAAGAAAUACUCAGAUAUAAAACAAAACGUGUCUUAACUCAAUUUUUUAGCCACCCAUUGUUUAACAGUGGAACAACUUGGAACUAG